CAAAGGUAGAAUCGAAUCCAUCGAAAAAACCUAACCCACAAAUCUCCAUUUCCUUAAUUCUCACACCACCCCUAUCCAAAUCUGAAGCUGGAAAGAAAUGGCAGAGAGUCCGGUGUUGUUCUUACUGGACAAGCUAACAUCUUUGCUGCAAGAAGAGGUGCAACUGCUUAAGGGUGUUCGCACAGAGGUUCAGUUCAUCAAAGAUGAACUUGAGCGCCUCAAGGCCAUCUUAAGGAUGGCUGAUGCGUUGGAGGACAAAGACCCUGAACUCAAAGUUUGGGUGAAGCAAGUCAGAGAUGUAGCUCACGACAUGGAAGACGCCAUUGACGAGUUCACCAUUCGCCUUGUGAAUCACCGUGGCCAUGGCCACGAUUCUGCUCUCAGAAGGUUUGCUUCAUCCAUCCAAGCUCUCAGAGCUCGGCACCGGAUUGCUUCUAACUUACAAGAGAUCAAAGCCAGAGUGGAAAACAUCUCAAAGGGUCGUCGCAGCAUAACUGAGGCCGGGUCAAGCUCCAGUCAUUUUCACAAGUCGAGGCUUGAUAGUCAAGGAGAUGCACUUCUGCUCGAGGAAGCUGAUCUUGUGGGUAUUGAGAAGCCAAAGAAGCAGCUGAUUGACUUGCUUUUCCAGGAGGAGCAAGGAAAGGUGGUGAUACCUAUCUAUGGAAUGGGUGGGCUGGGGAAAACCACGGUGGCAAAGCAGGUCUAUGAUGACCCAAAAUUGAAGAAGCGUUUCAAGAUGCAUGCUUGGGUCACAGUUUCCCAAUCUUUCAAGAUCAAGGAGCUCCUAAGAGACCUGGUUCAACAGCUUUAUAAAGUUAUAGGGAAACCAGCUCCUGCAGAAGUUGGCACAAUGAAAAGUGACAAUCUGAAGGAGGUGGUCAAGAGUCUGCUUCAACAAAGCAGGUAUCUCAUCGUCCUGGAUGACAUAUGGCGGGUAAAUGCUUGGGAUGCUAUCAAACUUGCUUUGCCUAACAACAACUAUGGCAGUAGAAUAAUGCUCACCACAAGAAACAGAGAAGUAGCACUUUCUUGCUGCACUGAGUUGCAAGGCAAGACCUAUAACCUGGAAUUCUUACCUGAGCAUGAAGCAUGGUCUCUUUUCUGCAAGAAAACAUUUCAGGGGAAUGCAUGUCCUCCACAUUUGGAGGAGUCUUGCAAGACUAUCUUGAAAAGAUGUGGGGGAUUGCCGCUAGCAAUUGUGGCAAUCAGUGGUGCUUUGGCCACAAAAGACAAGACCAACAUAGAAGAAUGGCUGGUUGUUAGCAGAAGUAUUGCAUCUGAAAUUGAAAGCAGUGACAGAAUGGAGGAUAUGAACAAAGUGCUUUCCCUAAGUUUCAACGAAUUGCCUUACUAUCUUAAAUCCUGUUUGUUGUACCUGAUCAUCUUUCCAGAAUUUUAUGCCAUUGAGCAUAUGAGGUUGAUUCGCUUGUGGAUAGCUGAAGGGUUUGUCACUGGAGAAGAAGGAAGGACGCUGGAAGAAGUUGCAGAGAGUUACCUGAAGGAGCUCUUGAACAGGAGCCUGAUUCAAGUGGUAGAGAAAGGCAGUGAUGGCAGGAUGAAGACUUGUCGUGUUCACGACUUUCUACGGGACAUCAUCAAUUUGAAGUCAAAAGAUCAAAACUUUGCAACAUUGGCCACCGACCAGGACAUGAUAUGGCCAGAAAGAGUUCGUCGCCUGUCAGUAAUGAAUAGUUUACAGAACGUACAGCAAAACAGAACCUCAUUCCAAUUGCGUUCUCUGCUAUUAUUUUCUUUAGCAGAUUCACAUGAUGAUAUCUCCAUAUCUUCACUAUUCUCAAAUGGUUGUAGGCUGCUCAAGGUACUAGAUUUGCAAGAUGCACCUUUGGAAUCGUUUCCUGCUGAGAUUGUCAACCUUUACCACCUGAAGUAUCUAAGCCUGAAGAAUACCAAGGUGAAAAGCAUUCCAGCUUCCAUUAAGAAGCUUCAAAACCUGGAAACAUUAGAUCUGAAACACUCCCAUGUAACUGAAUUGCCAGCUGAAAUCCUGGAGCUGCAUCGACUGCGCCACCUCCUGGUGUAUCGUUAUGAGAUUGAAUCCUAUGCUCACUUCUUCUCAAGGAAUGGUUUCAAGCUGCCAGGCCCAAUAGGAUGUAUGCAAUCUCUGCAAAAGCUUUGUUUCAUAGAGGCAGACCAAGGAAGUCAAGACUUGAUGGUUGAAUUAGGCAAGCUGACUCAACUGAGGAGGCUGGGCAUUAGAAAGCUGAAGAAAGAAGAUGGGGCUGCUUUGUGCUCAUCCAUUCAGAAGAUGACCAAUCUCAGGUCUCUAUCCAUAACUGCAAUCGAAGAAGAUGAGAUCAUUGACAUUCAGAACAUUGUCAAGCCUCCUCCAUACCUGAGACAAUUGUACUUAUGUGGACGUCUAGGGAAGUUACCUGAAUGGAUACCCUCUCUCCACAAUCUGGUCAGAGUAUACUUGAAAUGGAGCAGGUUAGAGGAGGAUCCUCUGGUGUAUCUUCAAGAUUUGCCCAAUCUAAUUCAUCUCGAGUUUUUACAGGUUUUUGUUGGAGAGACAUUGCAUUUCAAGGCAGAGAAAUUUCCAAGUUUGAAGCUUUUAGGCCUUGAUGAUUUAGAUGGACUGAAAUCCGUGAUAGUGGAGGAAGGAGCAAUGCCUAAUCUGAAAAGAUUAAUUAUCCAGCGAUGUGGAUCACUGAAGCAGGUACCUUCAGGCAUAGAACAUUUGAGUAAGCUAAAAGCAAUUGACUUCUUUGAUAUGCCUGAUGAAUUGAUCAAUGCCCUGAGUCCAAAUGGAGGUAAAGAUAAUUGGAGAGUAGCACACGUACCAGCGGUUUAUUCGAACUACUGGAAAUCUGGUACCUGGGAUGUUUACUCAUUGGACACUCUUGGAGAGAGAGACAGUUCUUCAAGUAAUGUUGCAAUGAAAAGUCAUGAGAUUCGUCCACUUUGGAAGGUUUAACUUCUUAUUUGAAGAUUUUCUUUAUGGGAAUGAUUACAGGGGUUUUCAUGGCCUAUAAACCAAGGAGCGUAACUUGGUUCUUGGUCAAUGAACCAUGAUGUAUGAAAUGUUCGACAUUUAUGUCGCAACACUUUCAUGAUUCAUUACAUUUUGAAACACUAAUAAACAACAACGUCAAGCUGGUAGCUGAUUUUCAUGUGAUUCAGAACCAGAGGUAACUGAAUUUACCUGCCAUAUGAUGUAUAAAUCAGUAUAUAAAGAACUGAAAAAAACACACAAUUGAAUGUCCUUUGGAAUUAGUUAUAAGCCAUGAUAUUAGGAAGCAUCAAAUCAAUUUGUGCAAGUUAGAUUCAACUAAUACAGCUUCACCAACUCUACUCUAGCUAAAUUUCAGGAGAUCAAUUCUACCUGAAUAUCAUGUGCCUUGAGAACAAGUGAAUAAAAAAUCUUGGACAGAAACUAAUUCAGUUGUUGCUUAUCUGCUUUUCUUUUUUUCUUUAGUUUUUUUUUUCUAUAACAGUAUCUGCUUUUUCUUUUUAAACUUGUAAAUUGCAGUCUGAGCUUGCAGAUGACUAAAAUGCCUUGGUUAUUGUUAUUCUAACUGGAGGAAAUUCAUCACACCAUUGCAUUUUCUCCUUCUGAACAUGUUAAUUGAUGCAGUAGUUCAAUCUUUUGUUGGUCAACUUAAUGAUAUACCUUGGCUCUUUGCCCUACUAACAAUGAGAAAAUGUUAAAGAACUAUCAUUCAAAAUUUCAGAAUUUUGUUUCCAGCGUAUCUAGAUUUUGUGUUACUUGAGGCUACUUUUUUUUAUUGGCCAUUCAUUUAAUACUUCCUUAAACAACAGAUGACAAAUUACAUCAACAAAGUAAUAAAAAGUCAAAUGCACAAAACUAAUAUAAGAACUAAACACCAUAGAACAAAACUAAAACCAGAAAAUAUAACCAACAUAACAUGUGAACCUGAGAAAGCAUUAUAAUAUGCAUGGCAGAACAGGAAAAAGCUAGACAAUUCUAUUCCAUUUUCUUUGGUGCUGCAAUCAUGAACUUGGUGCUCUGUAUGAAAUGUAUAAAAUAGAAUGACUAGAUUUUUUC